UAGGAGACAGUGAAGUAGAAGUCAUGUAGAGGAGGAAGCAAGCUCAAGUUUUGUCCUGUGGCUUCAAGUAAUACUGCAAAGGCUGCAGGGCAGAAUUUGGAAGUAUUUUAGCUUGCACUUCCUAGAGCUCUUGGUAACAUUUCCCAGCAGCCCUGUCUGGUAAGGGGCAAAAUGUGUAUGCUUCGGGUUGGAGUAGUGCAUUUUAAUGUGUUGUCUUUGGUAAGGCAAAACAAAUAGAUCAGCUUGCUAUUUUUCUGCCCUGUUUUCCCAGCCUUAUUUGAUUUAUUUCCUGCUGGACAUAAGUGUUAAUGAUGUUGUUGCCCUGUGUCUUUGAAGUGUAUGCAUACUGCAGGGUAAGUUAAAAGCCAUGUGUUUGGGUUGUUGUUUUUUUUAAUUGAAGAAAUGAGCUUUGACCUUCCUACUGGUUUUACUGCUUUCCAUAGCAUGACAUGAUGGGAAGUGUUUCUGUCUUCCAGCUGUUCGGUCUGCUCUGUAUCCUCAAACUUGCUGUCCUGACAGCUUGAGCGCAGGAUCCGAAUCCCUCUGGGCAGUGACCCGCCGAGGCAGGCUGUGCGAGCUCCUGUCUGCCCUGCUGGGUGAUCUCAGCUGUAGGAGAAGGGCUGGCUGGCUGGAGAUGGCGUCCUUCAGCUGCUAACACGAGGCUUGUGCGUAGCUGGUCUUUCAAACGUCGUUCUGGUGGCAAUAAUUUCAUUACUCUGCAUGGUUUAUUUUAUAGAAGUAACGCUGAUUUGUGGGGGGGAGCUCAUCUCUUUCAAGUUCCCUACCCGCUAACCUUUUACUCAAGAGUUUUCUACUAGUGAAAGCAGCCUAAUCCCAGAAUAGUUUCUUUUUUCAAUGGUUCAGAUACGUAAAUUUGCAUCGCCUCGUUUCCGUUGGGUUGUUCUACCUUAUGUCAACAGUUGAAAAAGCUGUUUAAUUUCCAUAUGAUUGGGUUGUUUAAGUUUGGUAAGAGGAAACCAGAUGACUCCCGGCAGCAAAAAGCAGCUCCAGCUGUAGUGCUUCAUUUCACCUGCACCUUAAGGCUUAACCCAGCGUGGGAAAGCCUAGAGCCAGGAGGUUACUGGCAGUAGUAACCAAUGGGAAAUUCACCUUGUGGCUGUUCAUAUUCUCACCAAGUUAUUUCUAGUAGCGGUGUAGCGUUGUUGCUAUUUUUUUUUUCCAAGCUUGAACUUAAAGAGAGCUGUAGUCAGGAAUGCAGUAGAUGGUUUUGGAACUGACAUGGAAUUGGGCAGCUCUGCUUUGCAGCUGCACGAAGAGCUUUGCAUUCCUGCAGUGUGGGUGCAGGUUGAGGAGGCUGCUCUGGUGACUCCAGAAGUGCUGUGGGAGACUGCAGCAGCGAGCAGCGUGCAUCUACCAUGCUGCAAAGCUGUGCUGUCAGCCACCACCAGCAAAUGAGCACAGCUCCCACACCUGGGGGUGGUCCUGAGGGCUGAGCGCUGCCUUUCAGCAGCACCUGGGGGGAGCUGUGCUGUGGUCAUGGGUGCUGUGCUGGUGGCUGAAGGGACGAGUGGAGCAAUGUGCAGGUGAUGGCUGGGGCUGAGUCCAGUGGAGCUGUGCCCUCGGGGUGCCUUGCUUGUCUCUCUGAAGCAUCAGCGAGCUAGUGGAGAUGCUGGUGUGACUGCAGAGCCUGCUGUGCUGACGCCGUCUGGAGUUCUGCUAGGUGUGCUGCAACAAGCUGUGGUUGAGAGUUACAGCCAGGACUCGCCGUCCCAGGGCUGGUUUGAGGAAUGCUGAUGUUUUUACAGCCUGUCCUGUGAGUUCUGUUGUGGUUUCCAUACCAACUUUAGCAUAUAGCCUGCUAGGAGAGCCUGCUACCUGCGGUGAUAGCUGCUGACUUUGUCUUCAGAAAAGAUAAGAAAAUCUUAGAGCAAAUCCUAUGACAUCUUUUUGUAGAAAAGGUUGAAUGGUCAAGCUGGUAAAUCUUGAAAUCUGAGCGCUUUGUCAGAGCACUGUACAUCUCCUGGCUUCUCUUGUCCAUGACUGCUUCCACAGGAGCUCUUUGAAGCCAGAUGUGGACGAGUGGUUUUCUGCCCUGCCAUCAUUCCUGCUCUGUGUGGGGGUGCAUCUCAUGUUACUCGGGCUGGCUUUCAGCACGGGCACGGUCAGUGAGCUUCCAUCCCAGGGCUCUGAGGGGCUGAGGCUGCUGGUACGUGUCCUGGCGUGUUCUAGCACGGGGUCAGUUCGUGCCGUGGCUCUCAGGCAUUCUUCCUGGCUGGGAUUUCUGGGAUGCAGUUCUGUAGCUGACGGUUGUCUUCAGUUUUUAGAAAGGGGAAUUUCCGUGGCUGAAAAGGAAUUUGAUUCCAGCUGAGACUGGAAUGUUCUAAGCUGGUAGAAUCCCUCCCUGUGUAUGCCACUUACCCCACUACCAGACUUCAAGGAAUCGAGUAGAUCUGAAGCAGCAGGAUCUUUUAGUGGGCACCUUUUACAUUUACGUAUUCUGCAAUUUUUUUUUCCUGUUCUUUGUGAUCCCAUCUGCAUAGUGACAUCAAAGCAAGCUGAACACGGGCAUUUAAAGCAGUGUAAUCAUAUUCUUUGACUUUGCUUUCUGAAAUGGUUUAAUCCUGUAGUGACUCUCGAGCCUGGUGCACAUCAGCAAUAGCAAUACCCUGAUGACGAGGCACGUUCUGGGCUAACAGGACAGAUUGUCCUCCCAAAGCCCCACGUGUGCAGCUUGCACCUUCUCUGCUCUUCAGGGGUUGUGCAGGAGCUCUGCUGGUUCCUUGUGGUGUCUGCUCGCUUCAGCACACAGCUUAGCUGGACACAGGGAAUGGGAGGUCAGGCUGCACACGCGGCGUUCCGGUAUGCGUGCAGUGUCACUGUUCUUAGGUCUUAGGCCACGUUCCUCGUGUUGCUGUAGCUGUUUGGGUUACUCAUUCGAAAACAUUUGAGGGUUUCUUGUUCCAUAGCUUUUCCCAUAGCUGAACAACUCUGUUACGUGACUGCCUGCCCCGCUGCGGGCUGAUUUUUGACUUCGGCUUCCCUCGCUUCUGUCCCCUUUGCAGAAAAGUGUGUCCAAGGGCUUUAAGGAUCUUCAGCACUCUCACAGUAACAGCCUGCUCCCCCGUCCGCUCACGCGUUCUUGUGUAAAGCUCUGGAGCACCCCAGGGCUGGUGUCAUUGCUGGGAACAUUGCUGGUUGCCGCCUCGCUGCCCAGUAGGUUUCAGCCAGGUCAGUGUUCAUCGUGGCAGGGAUUUGCUUCCCACUAUGAGAUUGUUUUGUUAUGUCACCGUGCUCCCAAAAUCCGCCUCUUCCUUUGAAAUAAACCAAAAAAUCACUGAGUACCUCUAUAAACCCCUGCGAAACCUGUACUGUAACGACUCUGUACAAUUUGUAUCGCUGUACAAAACUCCAAUAAAAGCAUUCAAACCUUCUAGGUUUUGCGUUCAAAUAUAAGAAUUAUUUUGUCUCCGUGGAUGAACCAAGCAGGAGAAGAAUGGGAAGAAGCUCUGAAGCACCGCAGGGUCACGCAGGAUUAGUCUUUGCAAAUCUGGCUUGGUCAGAUUUCUGGCCGGCACCUGGGGCUCCCAGCUGUGAGCUUCCUUUCCGCGGGGUGGUAGCAGCGUGUGGCUGUGGCUGUCACGGAGCUGCUUUUGGUUGCAGCGCAGUGAGAUGGGGUUUGCAGCGGGGCGUGCAGCUGGGGCAGGGCGGGAGGUGGCACUUCCCCUUUAGCAGAGGAAAUGCUCCUACAGCUGCAGCUUGGAGGAAAGCUGCUGCUUGUCCUUACUGCUGUAGCAGGGCAGAAAACUUCCUCCAAGACGUGAUUUUCGUUAGGGCUGCCAUGGAAAUUUGGCUGAACUCGUGGUUAGAAUGAGGCACGUGCCUACUCUGGUCCCAAAGCUUCCUCCUGGGAGGCGGAUUUCAUUUAAGAGCUGGUCUCUCGCAAUGUUGGUAGCUCACAAAACUUACUGGGUUUGGGGGGAGAGAUCUUGCAGGAGCUUGUAAAACUUUGCUCCGAAUUUUCGGUGCAGGGUGUGUUCCUGCAGAAAGAUGGGGCUUGGAUCAUGCGUUGUUUCCUAAUCAUCCUUUCCCCUGUUCAGCAUUCGUCAUUAGUUGAAGCAAAUGCAGCUGGUCUGUGGUCAGAGCCCACCUCUGUCGGAGCUACUGGCAGCUGCCCCAAGGCAAUGGGACCGUAAGCUGGGCAGGCUCAAAACUGCAUUCCCACAGCCUCUCUGGGGCCCAAGACCUCUCUGCAGCUGAUCAGCUCUGGAUGAAAAAGCAGCAGAAGAAAAGGGUUUGGUUAGCUGGUGAAACUGGCUGAAGGAGUGCAAUGGGAUAGUACCAGGCGUUUGCACGCCGCUGUGCCGCAGCAAUAGCUGUGGGUUUGUUCUCGCAGCGCUGGAUGGGAACAGCUCCGGGUUGCUGUCAGCUCAGCCCUUUGCGGUGACCUGCGGCUGCUCGCUGCCCUUCUGAGCUCUGCCUCCCUCCUGCUCCCAGUGACACCCGGCACAACAGCAGUGAUCCGAGGGCGCUUUGCUGAGAGCGUUAUCGCCGCCCUGGGACGUUCUGGGGGCACCAGCCCAACGUGGCACUCGAGGGCUCCGGCGCCGUGCGUGGCUGUCGCCGCGUGGUUCUUGCCAUCCGAGCCUCUUCCUCUGCCUGCAGCCGAUAAAAACGAACUGCUUCUGCUUCUGCUUCUGUGGGAGGUGAGCUCGUGCGAACCCGGAGAGGGGCUGACCGGCGGCCGGUGGCGGAUGUUGGGGUUAAUGAUUCAGAUGGGGGCAGGAAACCAGAAGCUGGCGAACGAUCCCCGGAGGAGCCGGCUCCAGCGCCCACACGAGGAGAUGGGACAGGAGGGGCCGGGCGGCUGAGGCUGCGGGUAAGGUGGGCCGGGCUGCAGCGCUGCGUGGGCUCCUGCGGAGGCGUGGGGACAGGCCGGUUUUCCCCCCGCUGGCGUUGAGCUCGCGGAUCCCGGGCUGGAUCUCGGCGGCUGCUUUGAUGAGGGCCCGAGGUCCUCCCUGCAAACUCCUUCCCCAAAGCUCCGUGCUGGAUGCUGCUCCCCGCUGCUGCUCGCGACCAUCGCGUGCUGAGCUCCAAGGCUGGACGUGGCCGGGCCAUGGCGCAGCCGGAGCUGCUGUGGGCGGCCGCUGCGCUGAUGCUGCUCGGGGUGGCUGUCAGUGCCUGCGUCAGGUGCCAGCUCUAUGCUACAAAGCGAGGAAAGAAGGACAGCGAUCAGAGGAGUCAGCUGGAACAUCCACAGCGGUUUGAGGUGAUCCGGUCCUGCUCCGCUGUAACCCGAAGGCUGGAACGGACCAAGGAACCCGAAAACUUGGCGAGGAAAGCCCCCGAGGAGCUCAGCACCUCCUGUCACGUUGGCAUUGAGAGCAGUGCUGAGCCCCGCUACCAGAACUUCAUGACAGAGGACUGCCUGCGUGGGGACGCUGCCUACGUGGAGCCUGUCUCACUGGGUUACUACAGCCACGCCAGGUUCUUCUCUCCACCCAAAGACGAGGACUCGCAUUCCUACCAGAAUGUCAUCAUUGGGGUUCCUUGCAGCUCUGAGCUGGAUGAUGCAGAAGACUACGAGAACAGCGCAGCAAUAGAGGUCUGGAAGGUGCAGCAAGCGAAAGCCACGCUGUAUGCAGAGAGCCAGGAUGAGGAGCCAGACUACGUCAACACAGACCCGGUGCUAGACUCCAUCCUGCUGUCAAAGUGAAGUGUUCUGCCUGAAGUCUGAAGAAGCCCUUCCCAAGCCGCAAGAGCCUGCCCAGCCAGCACAUAACACAUCGGGAAAGAGGCACCUUCCAUCCCUCCAUCCCAUCUUCCCUCCAGAUCGUGCCCGAGAUCCCGUGGGACAGGUGUGGCUGAAAGGAAGGGACGCUCUGCGUGAAACCCCACUGACAUCCAACAGCAACCAUGCGACCGGAGGGAGAGCCCUGCCCAAGAGCAAAGCCUGCCCUGCCCAGCAGCACCCAUGGGCACGCUGCGAGCUCCCGGUCCCGUCUCGCUGCCCGGCCUGCCUGCUGCAGGGAGCACAGCUGCUCUGCGCGAUGUUGUCUCCUGCCAAGCGUGAAAUGAUUCUUUAAAUUGCCGAGCAGCAGUGCAGCCAGCUACUUAAUUUGUCGGGCUGACUCACGCACGGCGGUAUUCAAAGGCAGGGAUUAGGUUUCGGUUUAGUUCCUACGCUCUCCUCCAGAAGCUGUUUCCGACAGGAGAAGAACUGGCAAGGCAGAGGUUGCUCUUACAGCAGCAGUGCUCCUCUGGAGCUCAAUGAGAUUCCAAACCAUUACAAGAGCUCAGGGCUAAAGAGGAUUAAGCCCUCAUCCGCAGCUUGUAAUUCACGGUGUCUGUGGCAGUUCUCCUUGUGUUUCCUUAUCUGCUUUACGACGAUACAAAGACACCGCAGCAACUGACAAGGUUCCAUCCACCUCUGUCAGCCUCAGAAACUGCACCACUGGUCGAGAUUUGCCGUUGGAACAUCAGUCCUGAAAUGUAACCCUUGUCUCUUGAGCCCUCGUGCAUAGGUUCGGCACCACCUUAGCACUUAUUUAUUAAAACUGUAAAGCCUCCAAAGAAAAUCCAGG